AUCAUCUUUCUACCUAAUUAUUAUUCAAGCUCAGAGAUUCAACUCCAAGUACGGAUCCGUACCUAGGUCGUAAUAGUUGAACUUCUUGUCAUGUUCUAGUCCCCGCGAACAAUGCGAAUCUCGCAACAAUGGCAUACAUAGCGCCUAUCCACCGGCCUAAUAGUGUGCGGCACGCACUGCGUGUUAACCUGUUUCCUGGUGAGGACGAGUGCUUGAUUCUUGCCAAGACUAAUCGUCUAGAAAUAUGGAAGCUCCACGAGUCUGGCACCUUGGUCCACACGGACACGAAGCGAGUGAACGGUACCAUAUCCAUAUUACAGAAGCUCCAACCUCGCGAUACCAAGACCGAGUUGGUUUUUGUCGGCACGGAUAGAUUUCAUUACUUCACCUUUGGAUGGAAUGCUACAAAUGAAAGAUUAGAAACGGUAGACUCCUUCUUCGAUAUUCAUGAAAAGCAUAUGCGCGAUGCCCAGAGCCAGGAUAUGUGCGUGGUCGACCCGACAGGGAGGUUUAUGGUCGUCUUUCUUUGGGAAGGCGUUAUUAAUGUCUUACGAAUGCACACCGUGAAGAGCAAGAGACAAAACUUACACUGGAUGGAUCAAGUAAGGGUGUCGGAGCUUUAUAUCAAAGGCGCAACAUUCCUACACGUCGAAACUGGCCAUCCGAAGAUCGCAUUCCUCUACCAAACCCGAACCGACGUCCCCGACUCCCAACUUGUCACAUAUCGCUUAACCGCCGACGACAAAAACACUGAGGUUUCCAGAUUCGAAGUCCGAGAUCAGGUUGAUCGUCUGGAAAUUCCAGACCCCGGCGCGAGAAUAUUAAUCCCGGUUGGUAAAGGCGAAGAAGAUCAGAAGCGCUACAUAAUACGAAAUGCCGCUACUGCGCGAGCCCAACUCGGCGGUGUUAUUGUUGUUGGCGAGACUAGGUUGCUAUAUUACGAUGAUGCAGCAAAGAAGAAAGUCGAAACUCCGUUAAAAGAAUCUUCCAUCUUCGUAGCAUGGGCCGAAUACGACGUUUCGCAUUACUUUAUCGGCGACGACUAUGGAGUGUUAUGGCUUCUCGAAAUUCUCCUUGAUGGGCCUGUGGUAACCGGCCUGGAAAUGACCAAAAUUGGGGAGACUUCGAGGGCGUAUACCCUCGUCUACGCGGGAAACGAUGUCCUAUUUGUCGGAUCUCAAUAUGGGGACUCGCAAGUUUUCCAUGUCGACCUUGAUGCGAAGUCGAUACGUUUAGUCCAAACCUUGGAGAGCAUUGCUCCGAUUCUAGACCUAAAUAUAAUGGAUAUGGGGAAUCGCGAAGGGGAGGGACAGACUACUAAUGAAUACUCAUCUGGUCAAGCAAGAAUUGUCACCGGCAGUGGUGCCCAUAAGGACGGGAGUCUACGUAGUGUACGAAGUGGUGUUGGACUUGAUGAUAUCGGUGUUAUUUCCGAUAUGGAAAACGUUCGCGCACUAUUUCCCCUUAAGUCCCACGGGACGCCCAAGACCGAUACAUUGGUUGCUUCUUUCUUGACGGAAACUCGAAUAUUUAAGUUUGCGCCUAGCGGUGAGGUUGAAGAACUCGACGAAUUUGGAGGAAUGAUAUUUGAGGAGCAGACGCUACUGGCCCGAAACCUCCCUAAUGGGCGAAUACUCCAGGUCACCACGACCACUGCGCUGUUGGUGGAUUUGGAGAGUGGCGUCGUUGUGUCGACGUGGAAACCGGCACAAGGGCACAUAACAAACGCAUCGGCAAAUGACGAAUGGAUUUUACUGUCUGUCAACGGGUCGGUUCUUCUAUCCCUACAGAUAGAACAGGACCUAGUCAGGGUCGGGUAUAACGAUUUAGAAGAGCAAGAUCAAGUUGCUUGCGUACACCUUCCUCCGGAAUACCCUUCGAUUGGGGUUAUUGGCUUCUGGAAAUCGGGAAUGAUAUCUGUCAUUGACAUAAAAACAUUGCAGUCUCUUCACGGAGAGAGCUUGCGGCGGAAAGAUAAUAAUGCGUCUAUACCGCGGAACAUCGUGCUAGCGCAAGUUCUUCCACCACAGUUAGCUGGGCCAACAUUGUUUAUAGCCAUGGAGGAUGGCUUUGUCAUUACUUUCAACGUAUCCAAGACGGACUUUUCUCUGUCCGGGCGGAAGAGCGUCGUUCUAGGGACACGACAAGCUGGAUUGCAGCUAAUCCCCCGGACGGAGGGGAUUUACAACGUAUUCGCCACAAGCGAGCAUCCCAGCGUGAUUUAUGCAACUGAGGGUAGAAUAGUAUACUCCGCGGUUACGGCUGACGAUGCAACUUGUGUGUGCCCGUUUGAUACCGAGGCUUUCCCAGACUCUAUUGCUGUCGCAACAGAAAAAGAAAUUAAAAUAUCACAAAUAGACACGGAACGCCGCACACACGUGCAGACAUUACCUAUGGGAGAAACCAUUCGUCGCAUAGCCUAUUCUCGUAGCGAGCGGGCCUUUGGCUUGGGUUGCUUGAAAAGGGAAGUGACAGAUAAUGCGGAGAUCAUCACCAGCUCGUUUAAGUUGGUGGACGAAGUUGCUUUCAAGCAGCUCGGAAAUGAAAUGAUUUUGAGUAGCUCGCCACGGACUGAAGUGGUUGAAGCUGUCAUUCGAGCGGAACUUCCCGAUUCGUAUGGGAAUCUAGUUGAAAGGUUUUUAGUCGGUACUUCAUUUCUCGACAAAGCGGAAGGCACCUCACAAGAGAACUUUAUCAGGGGAAGAAUUCUAGUUAUUGGGGUUGACAGUGAAAGGGCCCCCUACCUCAUCGGCACCAAGGACUUGAGAGGUGCCUGUAGGUGUCUAAGUAUCAUGGGAGACAUGGUCGUUGCAGCCUUAGCAAAGACAGUCCUGGUGUAUUCAUACGAUGAGAUAUCGUCGGUAUCUGUAGAGAUGAGAAAACUGGCAUCAUAUCGGCCGGCUGCGUAUCCUGUCGAUCUAGCAAUUGAGGGUAACAUCAUUGCGGUCGCUGACCUGAUGAAAUCUAUGACGCUAGUCGAAUAUGUUCCACCCGCCAAUGGCCAAAGGGCCAAGCUCGUGGAAGUCGCAAGAGAUUACCAAGCCUUUUGGUCUACCGCUGUGUCGCACAUAGACCAGGAAUCAUGGCUGGAGUCGGAUUCGGAGGGAAACUUACUGGUGCUAAGGCGAAACCUGGCCGGCGUCACAAUAGAGGACAAGCGCCGCAUGGAGAUUACUAGUGAGAUCAACCUCGGCGAAAUGGUGAAUAAGAUCCGAAAGGUAGUAGUAGACGCAAGCGAGAAUGCAGUCGUUGUCCCGCGCGCAUUUCUCGGCACAGUUGAAGGGGGCGUCUACUUAUUCGGAACUAUCGCCUCCGAUUAUCAGGACCUGCUGAUCCGGUUCCAGAACAGGCUCGCGGAGGUCGUGGAGACCAUGGGCAACAUACUUUUCUCCAGAUACCGGUCUUUCAGGAACGAAGCGCGCGAGACGAACGGGCCGUUCCGCUUCAUCGACGGAGAGUUCCUCGAGCGGUUCCUGGACAUCGACGAGAAGGUCCAGGAGGAGAUCUGCGCGGGCCUGGGGCCCGACGUCGAGGCUAUGCGCAAUCUGGUCGAGGAGCUGAAGAGAAUCCACUAACUUUGGGGGUUGGCUCCCCCCUUAUCGACCAUGUUAUAAGGCUAGGUACCUAUGGUGUACCUGAUAUACCUUCAGUUCAAGGGGGGUGGUUGGUUGGUGUACUCGUGGAUUACGGGAUUUCGCAGGCCAGGCGUUAUGCUAACACGAACGCACGACUCCUUGCGAGCUUAUGAUUGUAUUUGGGCUCUUGCUUUGCAAGCAUCUACUAUCAGAAAUAAAGAUGGCAAGGAGAAGCUGCUGGUGCUAAUAUGUAUCAGGUAGUAGAUAGACACUUAGAAUAGCGUCCCACAAAAAGUGCGUAUUCCACUAUCGAGCAAGGUCGUUCUGCUAUCCGCAUAACUUCACUAAAUUAUCUCAUAUACAAUGGAAAUGAGUGUUAGAAAUAAUUAGCACAUUUUGGUUCUACGUGGC